GAUGUCACAUAUGAGAGACAUCCCUUUGCCACUGCUAAAAUCUCAACACAGUGCCGCGGACCGGGCGUUAACGGGGAAGUUCAUCCUUCAGUGGGAUAUGUGUAGUAACUAAGUCGGAUCAGUCAGGAGGAAGGAGGAUGUCGAUUGAGGCCGAGGCGUUGUUGCAGGAGGCGAAGGAGAGCAUCGAGGCGGCCCAGAACUACAAGAGCGAGCUGCAGCAGCGCCUCUAUGGACUCAGCCAGGCCCGCAAGCAGGUGCGUGGCAGCGCCAGCCAGACGCGUGACGCCCUGCAGCGCCACUUCCAGGAGCUGCAGGCGGCGGUGGGCCAUCUGCUGGCCGAGCGACUGAGCGUGCUACUGCAGGAGGUGGACGCCAUCGAGCAGGAGAGCGUCAGUCCACUGGACGACUGUCAGAAGCUCAUCGAGCACGGCGUCAGCACUGCUGACGAGCUGCUCCGGGAGGGUGAAGCAGCACUGCGUUGUGGCAUUAAUGAGAAGGAGGACAAGCUGGGCAGCUUCACCAAGAAGGCCCUUCAGAUCCAGCUGGACAGUCUCCCGGAGGUGCCGGCGCUGGUGGACGUGCCAUGUCUGUCGGCCCAGCUGGACGACUCACUGCUGCACGCGAUGAGGGAGCGCGUGGGUCGCCAUGGCAGCGUGGCCUCUCACCCCCCUGUCCAGAUCGAGGAGCUGGUGGAGCGACCAGGCAGUGUGCUGGUGCGCUGGUGCAAGGUGGACGAUGACUUCAGUCCGCAGGACUACCGGCUGCAGUAUCGCCGGAGCAACUCCACGCAGUAUGAGGAUGCCUACAUUGGCAAGGAGUCAGAGUUCCUGGUGAUGCACCUGGACCCCCACACUGACCACCAGUUCCGCGUGUGCGCCAGGGGAGAGGGCCGCACCGAGUGGAGCCCGUGGAGCGUCCCGCAGACCGGAUACACCACCCUCGCACCACAUGAGUGGUGCCCGGGCACUGAGGGCUACAUCCUGAGCAGCAGGAGGAACAUUGCCAUGCGCAGUGAGACCAUGGCCUCCCAGGGCAGAGUUCUCUACUCCAACGCUCCCACCUACUUCUGCGGACAGACCCUCACCUUCAAAUUCUCAGCAGCGGGCCAGUUGAAUAAGCAGGACAGCGUGGGGGUGUGUGCCGACAACCGGAGUGGAGACGCAUCGUUGCAGAGGGAUAAGGCUGUUUGCAUCUCCACCAACGGCGCCGUGUUUGUAAACGGGAAGGAGAUGACCAACCAGCUGCCAGCCAUCACGGUGGGCUCGGCUGUGACCUUCGACAUGGAAGUAGUCAACCUGUUCCCAAUCAGCACCAACAACAACCCUAACGACGGGGCCAGCUUCAAGCUCCGGGUCACAAUUGGCUCGGGCAACAGGGAAGUGGUGUUCGAUUGGCUGCUGGACCAGGCGGUGGAUUGCCUCUACUUUGGCUGUUCCUUUGCGCACCCUGGCUGGAAGGUGCUGGUAUUCUGAGACAAGCAGGGUGAAGGUGUUGAAACAGAAGCUCAAUCUGGUCUGCUGGACUGCACUGCAUAACCCAGCCCCUUGACUAGAUGUCCAAAGUCAAGGCAGGUCUCAGUUUUUUUGGCAUUGUUUACAGCAUCUUUUUCCCUCCCCACCAUUAGAUAGAUGGCUUGAGGUGUAUUGAAUUGCCUUUUCUUAAGCAUGGGAAUAUAUACUUUUUUUGAUAACAAGUGGACCAACACAUUUAGGCUAGCUGCUGUUCCAGCCCCCACACAAUUCACAUACAGCACAACUUCUAUGUAUUUUAAGGACAUGGACUUGGAUGCUUGUACAGAAAAAACUGCCACGCAUGCAUUUCUCCACGAGCUGGCUUCAGCGCAGUCCUGUCUAUUAAGCCUGCCGUAAUCCACUGUGAAGCACUUCUGAGAUAAAAAUGUUUGUUCCAUUAACUCUCAAGUCUAGUGUAGGUUUCCGCCCAAGAGCAUUUGAAUAUUAUUUCCAGAUAAUUUUGUAAUACUUUUUUGUUGGCAAUGACAAUCCUAACAGUGUUUUAAUUAAGCAUCAUUUUUUUCCUCUUCUGUAGUCUGUUAGUAUCAGAUUAAGCUGUUGUCGUUUCCAAUUGAGCAUUGAUCCAGUUUAGGUCCAUUUGUCCCCCUCAGAUUGCUGAAUGCCACCUAAUCUGCCAUGCUGGUGAUCCCCUAAAGGACUCCUGGAGCCUGACUGUGUGGUACAGAGGUACUGGCUAGCAGUUUUCUGUACUUGCAUUACUUAGAUGAUCAGAUUUGUCUGAUCAAAUGUAAAAUUAAUCGAAAGAGUGCACACACUGUAUACGCUUGGACAUAACUACUUCAACUAGGACUAACCAAACGGACCCAGCACCUUGUCCACGACACAUUUUUAAAGGAAGAGGGGGGAGGGUUGCUAUAGGGGGAUCGGACAUUAAAAGUAGAUAAAGGUACUGGAUUGUCCACCAUUAAACUAGUUUGUUAUAAAAACCUACAGGACACUGUUAGAAAACUUGUCAUUCUUCAUUGUAAAGUAUUAAUUAUUUGUUGUAACUGUGAUGGUUAAAUGUUUACCUCAUUCUGUGCCUUCACAAGUAGUCGUAAGAAUGAGAAAAUUGUGAUACAGUAAAUAAAAAUACACAAUUGUGAAACAA